CUGUCAUGCAAAUUUGUAAUGGUCAUCUCCAAGAAACCGGAAGAAGCUAGAAGCAUCCUUUUGCAAAGCAGACACAGCUGUCAAACAUUCCACAAGGCUCUUUUCUCCUUGGUCUUCACUCAAUUUUCUUUAUUCGUGAUUUACAUCAAGAAGAAAAGAAAAAUUGUGUAUGAAAGCUACAUUUCUAUAAAGAUAUUAGAAAGGCUAGUUGAUUCUAUAUGAAUAUACGUUUCAUAUACAUCAUGGCUCGUUAUGUGCUAUCCUAUAAAUGAACAAAUGUUACCUUUUAACGAUUCUUUGAGGCUUGUCAUUGAAUAUCUCGUCUCACAAUUGCAAAAUGGCUA